AUGGCUCAACAUACUCUCCCUCCUCUCCCCUACGCCUAUGAUGCUCUCGAACCCGUCAUUUCGAAGCAGAUCAUGGAACUUCACCACCAGAAGCAUCACCAAACAUACAUCAACAACCUGAAUGGCGCCCUGUCCGCCCAGGUCUCGGCCACACAGGCUAAUGAUGUGCCCGCCCUGAUCUCCCUGCAGCAGAAGAUCAAGUUCAACGGCGGUGGUCACAUCAACCACUCCCUCUUCUGGAAGAACCUGACCCCUCCCGGAACCCCCGGCAAUGAAUUGGCCAGCGCGGCACCUUCACUUCGCGAGUCUAUUAACUCUCGCUGGGGCUCCCAGGAUGCCUUCACGAAGGCAUUCAACGCCGAGCUGCUCGGCAUCCAAGGUAGCGGUUGGGGCUGGCUCGUCAGCAAGGGCGGGCCCAAGGGACGUCUGGAGAUCACCACCACCAAGGACCAGGACCCUGUUGCCAGUGGUGAUGUGCCUAUCUUCGGUGUUGAUAUGUGGGAGCACGCCUACUAUCUUCAGUACCUCAACAACAAGGCUGGCUACGUCGACGGCAUCUGGAAGAUCAUCAACUGGUCCGAGGCCGAGAAGCGCUACACUGCUGGCGUGGAGAACUUGCUGAAGCUGUAA